AUGAUGGAAAACCACUGUGCUUUAGGCAUAAGACUUGACGAAAUACUACAUCAUGUCAGAGAAAUUGACGAGAAGCUGGAAAUGCCAGACCUAAAGAAGAUUGCCUUUGAGAUGAAUCUGCUCAACAAUCGCAUGACAGAAGUGGAGAAGCAGCGUCGUCACACGCCUCAAGGCUCCACAGCUGCUGUCCCGGUGCUCAUUCCUCACAGGAGUGAUUCGAGAGACGCAGACGACAGCAACAGGAAGUCCGUUCGCGCACAAUCUCCAAAGGAGUAUCCCUCAAGAGGUUCAGCUCACGACCAGCCUGCGAGAAGGAAUCGUCGCUCGACGCCUCGUGAAGACUCCUAUCGUGCUCACUCGAAGGAAGCUUGUCGCUGCACACUUUCAAGAAGUUCACACCACACUCGAUCCCAGAAGGAACAUCGUGGCUCAACAAGUCUGAGAGGCCUUCACCAUGCUCAAUCAAGAGAUCGUCGUCAUUUGUCACCUUCAAAGGGCUCGCGCAGUGUCCGAUCAUCGAGAGGGAUUUGCAGUUCGCCAAUCUCGAAGAGAUCUGCGUCGCAACCGAUCACCAAGAAGAGCACGCCGGACCCCCAUUCCGACGACGGGCACCGUACUCGAAAGGAAGAUGCGCAUUACAGAGGACGAUCAAGGAAUGCGAGUCGUACACAUGAGAACUAG